GCCAACACGUGAAAAAUAUUGUGCUGGAGUUUUAAAAAAUAAACAUGAUUAACGAACUGGAUACAAAUAUUGUCGAUGAUUUUGACGACAAAACGCCUAAGUUGAAGGCCAAACGAUAUAAUACAAAGUAUAAAUUGUAUAGAGAGUUUGCUAUUGCAACAUUGUCUGCACUGUCAGAAACCAAAACCACAGAGAAUGCUACAUCACAGCCUCAAAUUUCAGCCCUAGAUGCUUUGGCCUGUACAGGGUUAGCUGGGAUUCAAUGGAAAAAACAUAUUUCUAAGGAUGUGCAUGUCACACUUGCUGAUCAUGAUGAUAUAACCAAGUUGACAGCCAAUGCAGAAGCCAAUUCUUUAUCUUGCUCAAUUUUGAAACUCAAUCCUUUACGGACACCUGGUGAUUUGCAUGGGCUCCAAGGGGAAAAGGAAAUACACAUCUGUCAGGCAGAUGCAAAAGCAGUUAUGACAAUGGAAGCUUUUAAUUUCAUAUUCUUAAACCCACAAAAAAAUUCAACAACCUAUUUUGAGCCAGCUUUUAACAGUAUUACUUGCAGAGGAAUAGUCUGCUUCAUAUUCCCAGAUAUUUCACUUUUCGCUAGGUCACCCCAUGUUGUGCAACGAUAUUACAGUGCAAAUAUUAUUAAAACAGAAUAUUUAAAAGAACUAGCUGGAAGGAUCAUCAUAGCUAAUCUAGCCAAAGCUGCAGCUAGGUGCAAUAAAGGAAUCUCUGUACAGUACAUUGUAUCUCAUGAAGAUAAUCUACUGAUCUGUGUUAAAGUAAGCCGUGGGCAUUCACAUGCUGACAGUUCCCUUACACAGAUAGCUCAGUUGCUACACUGUAGGUUCUGUGAACAAAGAAUUUUCAUAGAACCACAAUUAUCUGUUUUAGAAGAUCCUUACAGUUUGCUUGGUUGUAAAUGUAAAGAGAAACACGUAGGGAAGACAGCUGUCACAUUAGGUCCCAUGUGGAAAGGGUCAAUAUUUGAUUGGGAGUUUUUAAAUUUGGUUCAGAAGCAUGGGAAACAACUCAAACUUAGCAGCAAAUUUUUAGAGGUGACCCAUCAGCUUUUUGCGGAGUGCAUGUGCAGUGAUAAAGUUAACACAAAUGGUGUUGUGCGUGGAGGUAACAAAUCAGCCACUGCUCAAGCUACAGAUACAGUCAGUAACAAUGGGGAUGCACCCUCAUUGGAUUCGUCUAAAGAUCAAAAAGAGCAAAGUGAAAUAAAACAGCAGAAAGACACAGCUGAAAUAGUCAAUGAAAAAGAUGUGGUUGUAGGUUCAGCUGAAGCACAGUCUGAUCAAUCAACAGGGAUUUCAUGUAUUGUAACAGAUCCUGCGCCAAACAUUCAUAAAAGAAAAAUGGAUGAUGGCGAUGAAAAACAAGAAGAAAGUAAACGCCAGUGUAAAGAUCAAUCUGUGAUGAUGAAACCACAGUCAGAAAAUGUUCCAUUCUACUAUAAUAUUAACAAAUUUAAAAGGACAAAUAUCCCAAAACUUGAUAAACUAGUCACAAUUCUGCAUUGCUCAGGCCAUAAAGCGAGUCGUACACACUUUGACCACAGCAGUAUUAGAACAUCUGCAAGUGUCGAGGAGUUUUUGAGCAUCAUUGGCUGAAUUAAAUUGAUGUGAAAUAGUUCGUGGGAAAACUGCUCUCCUCAGUCAAAGAAAUUUUGUUUGUAAAUUUUAAAAGUUACAUAAAAGUUACACAAUU